AGUAUAUAUCCAAACAUCAAAUAACGCUAUGCAUGUAUAAUAACAGCUUCAUCCCCUCCAAAUUUCCUUAAAACUUGUGUAACACCAGAAAAACAACAAAAAUGUACUCUACUCAUGUCUCCUCCUCCUUUAUCUCCAUUCAUUUUCCUCCAUCAAUCUCAAAAAAUCACAAACACACUAAAAUUCAUCGUUCUAAGCUACACACAUCAACUCCAAAAAUGUCACUUAACCAAAACCCAAACACCACCAGUACUGCUAAUCUCAUUAACACAGUAACCAAACUCCUAUGGGGUCAAUCACUCCCACCACAGCUCCUCAUCUCCACCGUCCGUUCUUCCUGGUCCGCCACGUGGCAGCUCAUGAUGUCCCAGCUCGCUCCAUCCGACCCUUCCGGAUCCUACACCCGACCCGCUUCUCAAUUUCGCCUGUACGAAUCGAAUUCCCCUCCAAACAACCUCCACCUUUACGUGGGCCUUCCCUGCCCAUGGGCCCACAGAACUCUAAUGGUCCGAGCUCUGAAAGGUCUGGAAACUUCUAUACCCGUUUCAAUUGCUUCACCCGGAAUUGACGGCUCAUGGGAGUUUCGGGUUUGGCCCGACCCGGCUAAGGAGAAGGUCGUUCCCGGUCUGGAUAUAGCUAAUGGGUGUAAAACACUGAGAGAGGUUUAUAAUCUGAGACGUGGAGGUUAUAGUGGUAGAUCGACUGUACCGAUGUUGUGGGACGUAGAGAAGAAGGAAGUUUUAUGUAACGAGAGUUAUGAUAUUAUUGAAUUUUUCAAUUCGGGUUUGAAUGGAAUUGCAGGGAAUCCUGAAUUGAACCUUUCACCACCUGCAUUGAAAGAAGAGAUUCGGAAGUGGAACGAUAUAAUCUAUCCAAACAUUAAUAAUGGCGUGUACAGGUGUGGAUUUGCACAAAGUCAAGAAGCAUACGAUAAGGCAGCAGAAGUAUUGUUCAGAACACUGGAAAUGUUGGAGGAUCAUUUGGGGGGUUCAAGGUACUUGUGUGGGGAUGUUUUGACACUUGCAGAUGUGUGUUUGUUCACUACUUUGAUUCGAUUCGAUCUGGUCUAUAAUGUCCUGUUCAAAUGCACCAAGAGGAAGCUCAUUGAAUUCACCAACCUCCAUGGAUAUCUCAGAGACAUUUAUCAGAUACCGAAGGUUGCGGAAACUUGCAAUAUGGGACAAAUAAUGGAAGGUUACUACAAGAUUCUAUUCCCAUUGAAUCCAGGGGGCAUUAAUCCCAUUAUGCCUAGUGGUUGUGAGGAUGAAGUGCUCUCAAAGCCUCAUAAUAGAGACUCCUUGUCAUUGGAUUCAAAAGUUGUGCAACACUCUGUUUCUUGAAUUCAAAGGCGAAGACAUCACACAUUCUGUUAUCGAUUUUGUGUAUGCGUAUAUACUUAUUUGUAUGUACAAUUGUAUAUAUAGAGUUCGAGUGCACUUCUUGUCGA